AUGGUCAAGCUGCUUGCAGAAGCAAGUAAAUGGAAUGGACAAGUAUAUCAAAUUUUCCUACCUGAUGCAUCAUAUGAUGAUAUGCAGAAGCUUGUGCAUCUCUUGUACACUGGUACAGUUUCCCUUAUGUCAUCUGAUCUUGGGAAUAUCCUCAGCUUGGCAUCUUGCCUGGGGAUCGAUCUUAGAAGUUCCACCUCUAUCUCUCCACUUUCACUGCCUUGUGUCCCUUCUCCACCUUUGUCUAUGGCUGCUGGUCUGGAUCUGCUGCCAAAUCAUAGUUCAGGGUACAAGUGCAAUGCAAGCAUACUUGAAAUACCAGAGGUCAACAUGGAGAUGGAUGAAGAUGGAUUUUAUGAUCAGAACUCUAGUUCUGAAAUGAAAGGAAGGAGGAGAAAGAUCAGGCCCAAAAAACUUGAGCUUCCAGGUGAAGAAGGGGAUGGUCUCGUCUUGGAAGGUCCCUUCUCUUGUAUCUAUUGUGAUGAGAGAUUUACUGACAGGAUUCUACUUAGAAAUCAUGUUACUGUCCAUGCUGGGGAGAGUCUGCAUUGCCGCUUCUGUGGGAAGGUGUUUCAAAACACUGGGAAUCUACGUUCUCACCUUCGAUGUCACACAGGUGAAAGACCUCAUCGUUGUAAGCAAUGUGGGAAGAGCUUUGCAGCCAAGAGUACUCUCAUUUACCAUGAGAGGAUUCAUACUAAGGAGAGACCUCAUUCUUGUGAGCUAUGUGGGAAGGGAUUCAUCAAAGCAGGUGACUUGACAGUUCAUCGUCGAUCCCACACAGCUUGUGCUGACAAAUUGAAGAGGGAAAUGGAAGAAUUUGGCUGUCCACCUCAGUUUCCAAUGGAAAAGGAUAGUCACUCUUCAAAGGAUGAUGAUUCAAGAGAUCUAGCAGUUGACAAGAGCAAAGGCAAAAAGAGUAAGGCUGCAGCAAAGACAGGUGGGAGCAAGUACCAGUGGCAGAUCAUGCAAAGUCUUGGUCUGACUGAUGAGGAGAUCAAGAAUUUUGCUGAUACAUCCUUUUGGCUUCAAUACUUUCCUCCUCUUGCAAAACAAGAUCUCUCAGCCAUGGGCCUGCAUAUUGAUUGGAGGAGAACUUUCAUCACCACUGAUGCAAAUCCCUUUUAUGACAGCUUUGUGCGGUGGCAGUUCCUUCGACUGAAGGAGAAGGAUAAGGUGAAGUUUGGAAAAAGAUAUACCAUCUAUUCACCAAAAGAUGGUCAGCCAUGCAUGGACCAUGAUCGAAGCACAGGUGAAGGUGUUGGACCCCAGGAAUACACACUCAUCAAGCUUGAGAUCCUGCACCCAUACCCUGCAUGCCUCAAGACAGUGGCAAAACAGAAGACAUUCCUGGUGGCAGCCACCCUUCGUCCUGAAACUAUGUAUGGGCAGACCAACUGCUGGCUUCACCCAGAUUUGGAUUACAUUGGAUUCCAAACAACAGAUGGAGAAAUCUAUAUCUGCAGUGAGAGAGCAGCCAGGAAUAUGUCCUAUCAAGGUUUUACUGUCAGUAAUGGCUGUGUUGAAGUAAAGCUACAUUUGAAAGGGCAGGAACUAUUGGGAGCCUGCCUGAAAGCACCUCUAACUUCUUACAAUGAGAUUUAUGCUUUGCCCAUGUUGACUAUUCAAGAAGACAAGGGGACAGGAAUUGUGACAAGUGUCCCUUCUGAUUCACCUGAUGACUGGGCUGCCCUCAGGGACUUGCAGAAUAAACCUGCAUUGCGCUCAAAGUAUGGGAUUUCUGACAACAUGGUUCUUGCUUUUCAACCUGUGCCAAUCUUGGAGAUCCCUGAGUUUGGAAAUUUAAGUGCAGUGACAGUUGUGGAUCAGUUGAAAAUCCAGAGUCAGAAUGACAAAGAGAAACUUACUCAGGCCAAAGAGAUGGUGUAUCUCAAGGGAUUCUAUGAUGGAGUUGUUGGAGAACACAAAGGCUGCAAAAUUCAGGAUGUGAAGAAGGCUAUUCAGAAAUCUUUGACUGACUCUGGUGAAGCUGCAGUUUACAUGGAACCAGAGAAGCCCAUCAUCUCAAGAUCUGGAGAUGAUUGUGUUGUGGCCCUUUGUGACCAGUGGUUCUUGGAUUAUGGGGAACCCAAAUGGAAAGAAGAAGCUCACAAGGUUCUGAACCAAAUUAAUUCAUAUCAUGAGGAAGUUCGGAAGAAUUUUGUUGCCACACUUGACUGGCUACAUGAGCAUGCCUGCUCACGAACCUAUGGCCUAGGGACAAAGUUGCCAUGGGACGAGUAUUGGCUGAUUGAGUCUCUAUCUGAUUCUACCAUAUACAUGGCAUUCUACACUGUUGCCCAUCUUCUUCAGGGUGGUACCUUUGAUGGAAGCAGACCCAACCAUCUUAACAUCAGGGCUGACGAAAUGACUCCUGAUGUCUGGGAUUAUGUAUUCCUCCCUGAUUCUCCAAAGCCAGUGAAUUCAGCUAUUCCACAAUCUGCUCUGGAUGAACUACGAAGAGAAUUUAUGUACUGGUAUCCAGUUGAUCUUCGUUCAUCAGGGAAAGACCUGAUCCAGAAUCAUCUGACAUAUUAUCUGUAUAACCAUGUGGCUAUGUGGCCACAACACCCAGAGCUAUGGCCCAAGGCAGUUCGGGCAAAUGGACAUCUUCUCCUCAAUUCUGAAAAGAUGUCAAAGUCAACAGGAAACUUCAUGACUUUGACAGAAGCCUUAGACAAGUUUGGUGCAGAUGGAAUGCGUUUGGCACUGGCAGAUGCAGGUGACAGCAUCGAGGAUGCCAACUUUGUUGAGAUUCAAGCUGAAACAGGAAUCCUACGCCUGUUUACCUUUAUUGAAUGGGUGAAGGAAAUAUUGGCCAGUAAGGAUUCCUUGAGAGUUGGAGAUCACCUUACCUUCCAUGACAAGGUUUUCCAAAGUGAAAUGAAUCUGAAAAUUCGGGAAACUGAGCAGUUUUAUGAUCAGAUGCUGUUCAAGGAGGCAUUGAGGACAGGAUUUUUUGAACUACAGUCAGCAAGGGACAGGUAUCGAGAGCUUUGCCUCGAAGGCCUUCAUUUAGAUUUAAUUCUGCGUUUCAUUCGUGUUCAGGCCUUGUUGCUAUCCCCCAUCUGCCCUCAUAAGGAAAGCAUUGUCAGGGCAUCAUGGCCUACAGCAGGAGAGAUUGAUUACACACUCUUGGUUGCUUCUGAAUAUCUGAUGAAUAUGGCUCAUGAGUUCAGACUCAGAUUAAAGAGCUACCUUAGUCCAGUAGCCAAAAAGAAAGGUCAAGAACCUGUGCCUGUUGAAAAGCCAACUCAUGCCGUUGUUGUUGUGGCAAAGUCCUUCCCACCUUGGCAGGAAGCCAUCUUGAAUAUUCUCAAGGAAUUAUACCAUGAGGAAAAGGGAUUCCCAGAUAACAAAGUCAUCUUGGGAAUAUUGAGCCAGAAUGAGAUAGUGAAGCCACAAAUGAAGAAAGCUAUGCCAUUUGUUCAGAGUACCAAGGAUAAGGUGCUUUCUCAUGGACUCAAGGCAUUGAAUGUCACCUUGGAUUUUGAUGAGAAAGAAGUUCUUCUUACUAACUCCAUCUAUCUCACUAGCACCCUUGAGUUGGAAGGCCUGGAAGUGAAGUAUACCACAGAGGUAACAGAAAUAAAGAAGGAAGAUUGCCGUCCAGGAAGUCCCUACGUCUUCUUCAGAAGGGCUCUAACAGUACCAAUGGUAUUUAUCAACCCUCAGCCUCAUUCUGGUCUCUUUGAGAUCACAUUGCCUAUCCUUGAAGGGGACAACCCUGAACGCAUUGCUGUCAGAAUGGCAAGGACCACUCGAGCUCUAAAAGAUCCAAAGCGAGUCAUUCUCUUGAGGUAUGAGGAUCCAUUGCUUGGACCAAGGCAAUUACCAUCCUUCACUGAACCAGAGAAGGGGAAAGUAAGAUGUCCCAAAGAGGCUAUCUUUCACAUAGAUGCUACAUCUCAGUCUGUGCAGAUGGACCUCAAGGGGACCAAGCUUACAGUUGGUUCAUUGCACAUGCUCCAACCGAUUCAACUCGUUAAGACAUUCACAAGGAUAUUGUCCCAUGUGGAUAUCCAGUUCACACAUGCAUUGCAUGGGGCAUUAACCAGGUGCUUUUGGAGAGCUCUCUCAGCCACUGUCAAUAUGAGUGAAGAUCAUGGUGCAGGAGCCCCUGAAAGAUUACAUGAAGCUCUUGAGCAGACCAGAGAAAACCCUGAACCAGAGUGCAAGAAAGCCAAGCUAGCAAAUGCUCCCAGUCUGGAGAAGCAGAGGAUCAAGACCAGGAAGAUGGCCCUUCUUCUUUCCUAUUGUGGGAAUGGCUACUUUGGCAUGCAGAGGAAUCCAGGAAUGGCUACUAUAGAGGAAGACUUGCUCACAAGUCUGUUGAAGGCAGGAUGCAUUACAGAUGAAGUAUUUGUAAGUCCACAAACAGGGCAGUUCCAGAGAGCAGCACGCACCGACAAGGGAGUUUCUGCUGCACGGCAAGUUGUCAGCAUCAAGAUGGUGGUGGAAGAAGAUACUCUGGAGCGAAUGAAUGCUCUCCUACCAGCACAGAUCCAAGUGCAAGCCAUCAAGAGAGUGACGAGAGGUUUCAACCCAAAGACAAAGUGCUGUGCUAGGACAUAUUCCUAUCUCCUGCCAACAUUUGCCUUUGCUCCUCCUGAUGUUUUGACCACUGAAACCUAUCGCAUCACUUCAGACAUAUUUGCAGGUGUUAAUGAACUCAUCAAAUCCUUUGAAGGAACCCACAAUUUCCACAAUUACACAGCAAGGAGAAAAGCUGAUGACUCCAGUGCACAGCGGUACAUCAUGAGCUUGAAGAUGAAUCCCCCCUUUGAGCGAGAUGGGUAUGAAUGGUCUGAAAUCACUGUCAAAGGCCAAAGUUUUAUGUUGCAUCAGAUCAGGAAGAUGGUGGGACUAACCAUUGCCAUAAUGCGAGGCUUGGCAUCAAGGGAAACCUUGAAAAAAACAUUUGGCAAGAAGAGGAUUGACAUCCCUAUUGCUCCAAGCCUUGGUCUUGUACUGGAGAAGGUCCACUAUGACUACUAUGACAAGCGAUAUGGGAGUGAUGGAAUCCAUGAACCAUUGGACUGGAAAAAGGAAGAGGAAGCUGUAACAAAAUUCAAGGAGGAGGUAAUCUAUCCAACCAUCAGAGAUGGGGAGAUCAAAGAGAAGUCAGAAGAUGGACGACCAGAUGCCUCUCCAAAUCAUCAAUCUGAAGUCCGAUCAGAGUUUGGUCGAGCAAUGGUUGCAGUUGAAUUGGACUCGGCCAAAAAAGCUGGAGAAGUUGAAGUGGAGGAAGUUCAAAUAACAAUGAAUCUCAGCCAGAAUCUCAUCUCAGAGAUCUUCAAAAGUAUGACCUAUGGCCCAGGAAAAAAUAUGAAGAACAUCACUGAGGUGAGGGGAUCUGUUCCAACAGACCCAGACCCCAUUCAUAAAUGGAUAAAGGGAGCUGAAGAAAGGAAGACAUACUUUGUACAAGUCACUGAGAAAGAACUUCCCAUCUUCUCAGAAUGCCUCAAAGUAACACGUGCAGCCCAACAACAAUGGCUUUCCUAUUUGGGAAGCAAGAUGUGCAGCAUCAUCUCAAGUGGUGCUGUCUUCUUACGAAAACAAGAAGAUAUCCUUGCAUCUCUACAUGCUCUAUCAGUCAAUGGGACUGUCAGUGGCUCUUAUCCAGUCAUCUCAGCCUUUUUAAGAAACCUUGAAUUGGGAGACCUGAUCAUUUCAAGGUUGAAACUCAAGGAUUUUGGCACUAAAGGUGUGUUGGUGUUGAGAAAUCAGGACCCUCCUGUUGAUGUUCUUCAAAUUUUCAUUCAUGUCGUCAUCCCAGCCAUUCUCUCUGGAAAUGCAAUCAUCAUGUUCAUCCAGGAUCAUUAUGCUCUUCUUGAGGCCACAUGCAUUGUGGAAGGUCUCAAGGAAGCAGGCAUCCCCAAGCACCUUAUAUCCAUUAUCCAUGGACAAAUGAAAGCUGAUGCCUUCUCAGCUGAAGAGCUGAAGAUUCCUCCAGGGGAUAUCCAUCAUUGCCUGACACUGGUUCAGGAAGGAAUUCAUGCACAAUUUGAGAUGAAGCUGAAAGAAAAGCUUCAGAGAAUGACUGUUGGGGAAGCAUUGGACACAAGCUCUGAUGUGAAACAAACUCAGUUGCCAGUACAGUGGGAAGUUUGGAGGGAUGAGGCUCUCAAAGAAGGAGCUACUGUGAGUGUAUGUGAAGGGACAGUAACAGGAUUUGUGAGUGGACUUGCUCCAGCAGCCAAGAUCAUAUCUCGUCAAGAUGUACCAAGAGGAAUGGUGUGGAUGUCACCUUUUCGCACUGCCAAGGAAGCUCUUGGGUUCAUUUCAAAUCAGAAGAUGGUUUCCAUUGCAUCCAUUUGGUCUUCUUCCAUGCACCAGGCUCAAGAGUUUGCUCUUCUUCUCCCUUGGAAGAAUCCACCUGGUCUGUGGUCCACAUACAAGGAGCCACUGGGACUGGUUUGCAUGUUCCUACCUUUGGAAAACAUCCCCAGGAGCCACCUGGACCUGCUGAUUUUAGGCUGCCUUGCUGCUGGGAAUGCUGUCUGUCUUAUUGCUCUCAAAGAUGCUAAGUUCAACAUAGAUCCAUCCUUCAAAGUCUUUGAGGGACUCCCAAAAUCCUUGUUAACUUUCACAGCAGUUGAAGACUUGCAUGUGACAAUGAGGGAUGUCUUCCAGACCCACUUGGUGGCUGGGUUUUGGAAUUUUACAGGGAACAAGAUGAUACCUGUGCAACCUUGCACAGCACCUCUGAAUUAUCCCAAAAUCAUUUGGGAAGCAGAUCACAUUUCAAAGUGCAAUUGCUCCCUUCAGCUGCAAGCUAUUCUGGAAGUAUAUGCCAUGAAGGAGAAAUCCCUCUUCUUUCCUCAUGGAGGAAUGUUUGCAAAUUGAGUCAAGACCCAUAGACUGAUUUUCUUUUGCUGUGCUUUCCCAUUACCCUAUACAAACCGAAGUCCUUACCCAGUUUUUUUUUCUUAAUAUUACUUAUGUACUCUAUAUUGUUCUAGUGACUCAUUAGCUUGUAUGUUGCUAAGUAUAGAAAAGUGUGACAAGUUGUGGGUCCUAAUUAAGAUAUGGGAUCCAUUUCAUGUACAAUAAACG